AUGGCAAAUGCAAUUGAUACUAUAACUGUUAAUCAAACCAUUAGAGACGAUGAUAACAGCACCAUCAUGUCGGCUAAAGAAACUUUUCAAAUGGGAUUCUUUACCCCUGGUAAUUUAAAGAGUCGGUUCUUGGGCAUAUGGUACAAAAAUAUAGCCAAUCUGACUGUUGUCUGGGUUGCUAAUAGAGACACGCCACUUGCUGAUACAUCAGGCGUGCUCAUGUUUGACGCUAAUGGAAAUUUGGUACUCACUAAUGGUGACAAUAAAAUAAUUUGGUCAUCCAACUCAUCAAAUACUGUGAUGAGUCCUGUGGCGCAACUGUUAGAUACAGGAAAUCUUGUGAUCAGGUAUGCAAAUGACAGUUAUCCUGAAGAUUUCCUCUGGCAGAGUUUUGAUCACCUUGGUGAUACUAUUCUACCAGGCAUGAAGUUUGGCUGGGACUUGGUGAAACACUUAGAAAGGUAUCUCAUAUCCUGGAAAAGCCCGGAUGAUCCAUCUCCAGGCAAUUACACAUAUGGAGUCUAUCUAAAAGGAUAUCCACAGCGAGUUGUAUGGAAAGGUUCAGCUAUGAGAUUCAGGUUUGGACCAUGGAAUGGUGUUCAGUUUGGUGGCAAGUCUAAUUUGAUGCAGAAUAUGGUUUUCACAUAUGAUGUUGUGUCUGACGAAAAGGAUUUGUAUUACAUGUUUAAACUUCUCAAUAGUUCUGCUGCGAUGAGAAUGAUCUUAAAUUCAGACGGAGAUCUAAAAAUUCUUACCUGGACUAACAAUAUGCAAGGUUGGGAUAACACUGUGACUCUACCAACAGAUAAAUGCGACGACUUUGCUUUAUGUGGGGCAUAUGGUAUUUGUAACAUUACUGAGAAAACUUAUGGACGUGACAUCUGUGGGUGUUUGGAUGGGUUUGAGCCAAAAUUUUCAGAAAAAUGGAGGUUAGCAGAUCAUUCUGAUGGUUGUGUUCGCAAAUCUAAGUUGUUGUGUGGGAAUGAAGAUAGUUUUCAGAGUUACUCCAAUCUCAAAUUUCCAGACACUCAAAAUUCAUGGUUUGAUCGAAGUCUGACCCUAGAGGAAUGUGCAGCUAAGUGCUUGAAGAACUGUUCAUGCACAGCAUAUGGAAAUAUCGAUGUAAAAGAAGGUGGAAGUGGAUGCUUAUUGUGGUUCGGUGACCUGCUUGAUAUCAGAGAAUAUCUGGGAAAUGUUCAAGAUCUUUAUGUAAGAAGGGCUGCUGGAGAAUUAGGAAAACGUAGAUUUAAGGUACAAGGUGAAUCAACACAUAAUAGUGAGAAGAAAGGUCUGGAACUACCAUUGUUUUACUUGGUAACAAUUGCUGAAGCAACCAACAAUUUCUCGGAAAACAAUAAGCUUGGAGAGGGCGGCUUUGGACCUGUUUACAUGGCUUGGAGACUCUACAAAGAGGAAAAGUUUCUGGACAUAAUUGAUGAUGUCAUCCUAGCGUGGUGCAAUCACUUCGACGUGUAUCGCACUAUUCAAAUUGCACUAUUGUGUGUACAACCGUUCCCAGAAGACAGACCAAGCAUGGCCGUGGUGUCUCUCAUGUUAAGUAGUAAAUGUGAGGUACCUGAGCCUAUCCAGCCUGGUUUUUCCACAGAGAGUAAACUUCUUGAUUCAGAUUCUUCAUCCUCUUUGCACUACACCAUAUAUGGCCUACGGCAACACCCAAAAAAAGUGUUAAAAAUGCUGAAAAAUGUUGUCAUAAGGUUUAAGGCAACAUUUUUGUCAAAAUAG